ACAGGUUUGGGACCCGGCAUCGCGCUCUCCUCGGAGCCGGCAGACGGAGCUCGGCCGUGAGCGGGGCAUGAACCUGGAGGGCGGCGGCGGCGGCGGCGGCGGCGGCGAGUGCGGGAUGAGCUCGGUGAGCUGCGGGAACGGGAAGCUGCGCCAGUGGCUGAUCGACCAGAUCGACAGCGGCAAGUACCCGGGGCUGGUGUGGGAGAACGAGGAGAAGAGCAUCUUCCGCAUCCCCUGGAAGCACGCCGGCAAGCAGGACUACAACCGCGAGGAGGAUGCCGCCCUCUUCAAGGCAUGGGCACUCUUUAAAGGAAAGUUCAGAGAAGGUAUUGAUAAACCAGAUCCCCCAACUUGGAAGACACGGUUGCGCUGCGCUUUGAACAAAAGCAAUGACUUUGAAGAACUGGUUGAGAGAAGUCAGCUGGAUAUCUCAGAUCCAUACAAAGUGUACAGAAUAGUUCCCGAAGGAGCCAAAAAAGGAGCAAAGCAGCUCAGCAUGGAGGAUCAGCAGAUAAUUAUGAGCCAUCCUUAUACAAUGACUUCCCCUUACACUUCAUUACAGCCUCAGGUACCAAACUACAUGAUGCCCCAUGACCGAAACUGGAGAGAUUUUGUUCCAGAGCAGCCUCAUCCAGACAUCCCUUACCAAUGUCCAAGUGUUCCUUAUACUGCUCGCAGUCAUCACUGGCAAGGGUCUGCUUGUGAAAAUGGUUGCCAGGUGACAGGAACCUUUUAUGCUUGUGCUCCACCUGAGUCACAGGCUCCUGGAAUACCCAUAGAGCCAAGCAUAAGGUCUGCUGAAGCCCUGGCACUCUCAGAUUGCCGCCUGCAUAUUUGUUUGUAUUACCGUGAAAUCUUGGUGAAGGAGUUGACCACCUCGAGCCCUGAAGGCUGUAGGAUAUCUCAUGGUCAGAGCUAUGAGGCCAGCAAUAUGGAUCAGGUCCUUUUCCCCUAUCCAGAGGAUAAUGCCCAGAGGAAAAACAUAGAGAAACUGCUGAGCCACUUAGAGAGGGGAGUCCUUCUCUGGAUGGCUCCUGAUGGGCUGUAUGCCAAAAGACUUUGCCAAAGUAGGAUCUACUGGGAUGGACCUCUGGCAUUAUGCAGCGACCGUCCUAAUAAACUGGAAAGGGAACAGACCUGCAAACUUUUUGACACGCAACAAUUUCUAUCAGAGUUGCAAGUAUUUGCUCAUCAUGGACGCCCCUUGCCAAGAUUUCAGAUUGCUUUAUGCUUUGGGGAAGAAUUUCCAGAUCCUCAAAGACAGAGGAAGCUAAUCACAGCCAACGUCGAACCUUUGCUUGCCAGACAGCUGUAUUAUUUUGCUCAGCAAAACAGUGGACCCUUUUUGAGGGGCUAUGAUUUACCAGAAAUCAUCUCUAGCCAAGAGGAUUAUCACAGAUCAAUACGCCAUUCUUCCAUUCAGGAAUGAAGUGUCCAAGACAAGAGAUUUGAGUCCAUUGUAAAAAUUGGGGGGUAACAGAAAAACAACCGUGAUUAAACUUUUUUUUCUUUUGAGGAGCUGAAGGGUAGGAAAUUCAGAAAAAAAAUCAGCUGGAAUCUCUCUUGGAAAUUUUGAUAUCUGUUUGGAAAAUAGGGUUGGGCAGAAAGGUUCUACAUUGGAAAUGAUAGGUUCAAGUUUGGGCAAUUAUUUCAGUCUCACACGAAUUCUGCCAACUCUGGGCAAAACUGUGAAAACUGAUGGAAUUCUGUGUUUACAUUUUCUAAAAUGUUCUCUAUGGUAUGAACAGAUUUCUUUCUGAGGAUUUAAAAGACCACCAGUAGGGUGCUGAUAUUUAACAAAUGUGAUCUAAAAUUGAACUAUUUAUUUGUUAUUCAAAAUCUCAGGGAAGUUGUCUACUUUUGAAGCUAGUGUGCCUAAAUGCUAAAUACAUGAGUAUAUCUAGAAGCUGUAGCUUUUGGAGAAGAUACUUUAUGGCUGAAAGUAAAAACUCUUUGAUACGAUAUAGGCACCUGUUAAGCAAAGUAUGGUGUGCAUAGCUAGAAAUGUUACAUAGUUAAGAAGCAAAAAAAAAGUUCCAAUGCAAAGAGUAGAAUUUAAGACUCAUGACAUUCCCCCUCUUGUUCUGUUUGUUUUGUUGGACUCUAGUCAGUAACCCACGGCAACAGUAAGAGGAGGUGCCGGGACUGUCCAUUCGAUGAACUCUACUGUGAAAAGUGAUGGCAGGAUUUAAUUUACCAUAAACUCUGGGCUAUUCCUCACGGAUCUGAUGUAUCUUCUGUCAUAUUUAGAUCUGGAAAGUUUGGCUAACUGUGCCUCCGAUGAAAUUCCUGACCUGCCUUCUCCAGCUAGAAACAGUGCCCCUUUUGAAACAGAACAUUUUUAAGAUUUUUUGUAAUUGUUGUUGCUUAUGUUUAGAGGUCUUGCAUUUUGUACGUUCUAAUACUUGGUUUAUCAGAGAUCUAGAUUUACUAAAUCUGUGGGGUAUUUUCCAAAGUGUGUUUUGUUUUGUUUAUUUAGAGAUGGAAAAAUAACCAUGAAGAUAAUUGUUUACUUCAGUAACACUGGUCAAUGCUUUGAAUGAUAGGGUUUUUAAUUCCAGGAGACUUUCAAGUCACAAUCCUGGAGAUUUCAUUAUUUUCUUCCAUAUGCAAAAAGACUUGGAAAUCCUCAAGUAUUUGCUUCUUGUUUCUAAAUGCCUUCUGUUAACUUUAAAUAUAGAUUUUUCUUGCCAGAAAAGUUGAGGAUACAGUUUGGCAACAGUUUGUGCUUUACUGAAUUAUAUUAUAUACAUCUUAAAGAUGCAAAAUAUUCUGGGAUACAUUAUCCCAAUUUCUCGUGUGCAUGGAUGCAAAUGUGUGGCACAUUUGUGUUUUUAAACGUAUUGGCAGAUUAAAGAUGGAUGAUCAGCGUUCUUCAGGGAGAACAUUUUAGGCAGUGAUAAGCAGAAUUUUAUUUGAAUUGGGCCCAGGACACUUGGGUCCAGUAAGAAAGGCCAAGCUGCAGUUCCUAAUCGAAAUCAAUGAAUGUAUGGAGAUUUCUAAAAAUGAAAUCCCAAAGAAUACUUUUUGCCUUCCCAUUUAGUCUCAUAUGUUAAGUGGUUGAUCUGGGUUUUAAAAUCAGAAUUUUUGAAGUUUCAGAAACCUUCUCCAUAAAUUCGGAACUAUCGCUUUUACAGUGGUGCUGAAAUUUCUAGGAAAGAGACUUUUGCUCUAAUUUGGUCACCAUUCUCCUAAUAUUAUGCUCUUGAUAUAGGACAUACUCCCAUAAAGAAUUCCACAAGAGGCUAUUGCUAAUAAGAUAUUAAGGACCAAUUUAAUGUUCAGGUUCAAACCUCGUAGCAAAUAUUACCUUAAAGGCAUAAUAAAGUUUGUAACUUUACCCAAUUAUUUAUUUUAGAAUGUAGGAUUAGGAAUCCAAAGUAUUACCAGAAUUAUUGAUGGUUGCAUUGUUCAUGAAUGAAGAUAGUGUAGUAUAGUCCUACCUUGCUACACACGUUUAGAGCUGGUUUAGGUUGUGAUGCCAUACAGGGAAGCAGGUAACUGCUUUUUUUUUUCCCCGCAAGAUUCAAGAGUGGUAGCUGCUUUAACUGUUGACAACUUAGCCGGAGUGAAGGAUUCGAUGUGUAUUAGUGACUUUUUCCCACUCCGGGAUGAUGGUCAGGUAUUUUUUUUGUUUGUUUUUUUUGUUGUUGUUGUUAUUUGUUAAACACUUACAAUGUGUCAGGCACUGUACUAAAC